CUCUAUAUUCUCUAUAUUCUAUUUUUGCAUUGAUUUGUACAUUUUCAGACAGAUCUUCCUUUUUUUCGAAUUCUUUUUCAUUGUUUCUAUUACACGUGCACGCGCACACACACCGCCAUAUUUAUCUUCUAUACGAUACAGACAGUGACCGUCAUAAUUGAUCGAUCGAUAGAAAUUUUGCAUCGUUGCUAUUACUUUCGUCGUUUCUAUUCUAUAAAUAAAGAUAAAGCGAUUGCUAUUGCUAUGGAUUAUCAAUCGCGCAUACACGUAAAAAAAAAAAAAAAAGUAAUCUUGUACUGUCAAAAGAGCUCUUAGUUGAUGGAUACUUGUCUCUAUAAAAUCAGCACAUCCAUGUAAGAAACGAACCUGAUAAUUGAAAAGGAGAACAAGACUCGCGAAGGAAAGAGAAGAUAUACAAAAGUGUCGUUUCAAAAUUAUACUACUUAAGUCUUUCGAGGAAAAUUUCAGAGUUAUGUGUAAACCUGACUGUACAUUUUCCAACAAAAUUUCUUCCUUCAUUGCACUAAACGUAAAAAGCACGUGCACAUUCAGGUCAGAUCUUUCGUCAAAAUUCUAACGUGAAAAAUUGGAAAUAAUAUUACAGGAUUCGAAAAAACAAAGGAAUUCAAGAUUUAAAGAGUAUAUAAUAGCAUUCAUUAAAGUCAAUUCAAAACAUGCUUUCCUCCGAGAUUAAUUUUUUAUCCAACUUGGCUAAAGCAUUUUUUACUAAAGUUAAUGAGAACUAUAUAUUCUUUAAAGCUUGAAACCUUUUUUGUGAUGUAGAUAUAAUAGCUCUCUGCCUCGUGGAUUCUUCUAAUGAAACAAAAUUGAAACGAGGCCAUACCUUUCAUCUCGCUACGUUAAAACAAAAUGGAAAACGCAUAAAAAAUGCGCACGUGUUUCCUAAAGCACCGGACAUAAGACUACUUUCCUUGUAAUCUUGAACUUCCACCUAUACCUAUCUAUGUCUCGUGUGCACUUAUAUUAUAAUCCGUGCAGGAAAAGUAGUUUCCAAUGCACAUGUGAAACAAUGAGAAUGAGAGGGGGGGAGAGAGAGAGAGAGAGAGAGAGAAAGAGAAAACGAAAAAGAGUAAAGGUCUAGACGCACUAGCGCGAAGCGCACGACGUGAAAAGCAUCGUAAAAAAAUUUAUUUUCGAUUACGCGACUAUUUUUGUAUGCAUGCAAAAGUUUUAACAAAAUGCUGAAGUUUGACGCAUCGAUGAAAAAUAAAUUUUACAGUCUAUAUCAACUUACAUUCAUAAACAAACGUUAAGGUAAUCUAUUUGAAAUAAAAGCAAUUUGGUGAAACAGAUAUUUAAUAGCUGAUGGAUUAAAAAAAAAAAGAAAAAAAAAGAAAGAAAGAGACGACUUUAGUGCAAUAAAAAUAAAACUUAAACAUAGAAUCGUAAUCGAUGCUGCAGCAUCGUUCUUAUUGCUUCGUUUCGCUUCUCUUUUCUUCGCGCCAGUGCGUUUUUAGACCUUGUCGACCAAAUUGAAUCGAAGAAAUAGGUGCACGGAUUAUAUCUAUUUCCCGUGUGUAUGUAAUAUGGGAUGAAUCAAACGAAGAUAACAAAGUAAAAGAAGAAAAGCAAAAAAAAAAAAAAAGAAAAAAAAACAAACAAAAAUAUCAGAUAUUCCGUCGUGUCUUUGCAACGGAUUCUACGAAUAAAUGUUUCUAUUGUAAACCUAUCGACGAAACUUUUUUCUAUCCCGCAAUUAUUUUCAUUGCACUUUAUGGUAAAUUAUUCGUCAUUGAUCGUAUGCGUUCAAUCAAUAUGUGAACGAAAUACGUAAAUUUCAAAUAGAUAAAGCAAAGAUAUCACGUUUAGAGUGUCCUUACGUGACAUUUUUUAUUUCGACAGGUCAUAUGAAUCAUUUAUAUUAAUCAAGUCACUCCAUUUCUUAAUUAAUAUUUACGGGAAGCUCGAAAAAUAUUCUUAUUAUCUAUAGAACGAUUGUAUAUUACUUAUAGAACCUAUUACCUCUAAAAAGAAACUAAUAACAAAAUAUUUUUGGUGUCUUGCAUGCCAAUGUACAUCAAGGAAACGUGCCUUGAAUCGAAAUUACAUGAACGUGAUGAUAACCCCCACCCCUUCGAGUUUCUUCAUGUGUUUCUAUCUAUAUAUACUAAUAUAACGCAAUCAAAAAAAAGCAAGGUUUAGUCGAUCCGAUGCUUCAUUAGAGAAUGGAGUGUUACUUCGUGGAAAGCAAUAUUUGAUUCACCGGUUUAUACAACGAGCGUAAAGUCGUUCGGCUCUGUGAAAAUUUUCAAUACGUGAUCGGUCGAUUUUAAAAUCGGUCAAUAAUACGAAGAAAAAUCAAAAAGAAAAUCCGACAAAGUUCAAGUGAAACAACGCUGAGGUGAACAUUUUCUUCACUCGCGAAUGCUCGUCGAGUAGUCGAACAUCGCCAUGGCCUUGAAUAAUGUUCAAGUCUGGAAACUAGCAAUGGACACUAAUUUAUGGAUCUAUCUCGUCGCGUCGAUCUUCUUUUGCGUUGUAUAUCUUCUGAGAAAUUACAUUCGACUCGUAAAAAUCUCGCUUAGUCUCGAUGGACCACCGGCAUUGCCGCUGAUUGGUAACGUCUUUGAUUUCUUUAGACUAAACGUUAUAAACGAAAUAAAACAAUAUUCAACGCAUAGUAUGAUCAGAAUUUGGAUAACUGUGAUACCGUAUUUAAUGAUCAUUCAACCUGAAGACAUUCAAGUGAUACUCAGUAGCUCGAAACACACACGUAAGCCUUUUGUUUAUUCUCUAUUUCGCAAUUUUAUUGGAAGAGGUUUAAUACUAAGGGACGGUGAAACCUCCAAACUGCAUCGGAAUAUCCUUCAAACGGCUUUCAACGUUCAUGGACUCGAAAAGUUCACUGAAACCUUUGUUGAGCAUGCCCAAUAUUUGGUAUCAACAUUACGCGAUAACGUUAAUAAGGACAUGAAUAUCACUAAGUUUAUCAACGACGUCGUUUAUAACAUACAAGCCGAAACUAUCCUAGGCUUAAAAUCGAUCAAAGAGAAGAAUGGAGAUAACGAAACGUCCGAGCUUCCCUUCAAAGUAAACGAAAUGUUUGCAAGUUAUCGUUUGAAGCGACCAUGGCUAUUGUUCGAAUCAUUAUAUAAAUUGACAAAGAAGUCGAAAAUUGAUACGCAACAAUCAAACCAUUAUAUUGCCUAUUGCUACAAUCUUAUCAAAAAAAUAGAAGAAUCUAAGCGGCUACAAUCUUCCGUUAUGACAAACGAUGGGACGAAGAUGCAAACGAAAGAAAAGAUAUCUCUGUUGGAAUAUAUGGUCAAUAUGAAACAAAAAUAUUCGUAUUUCAAUGACGAAGCCAUCUUAGACGAAUGCAGUACAUUUAUGUUGGCUGGUUUAGAAUCCGUUAGCACGGCAACGGCAUGCACUCUCUUUAUGUUGGCAAAUCAUCCUGAAUGCCAAAAAAAAUGCGUUAAAGAGUUGGAUGAAAUUUUCAGCAAUAGCGCUACUUUAACGAUUAAGUCUUUGAAAAAGAUGAGAUAUUUGGAGAUGUGUAUAAAAGAAACGCUCAGACUUUAUCCCAUCGUACCGUUAAUAGCCAGAUGUCUCACUGAGAAUAUAAAAAUUGGUGAUCAAGUGAUACCGGCCGGUUCUUCUGUCUUCAUCUCACCUUUUCUUACGCAUCGAAUAACGCGAUAUUAUCCAGAUCCAGAAUCUUUUAUACCAGAACGUUUUGAUACACAAAACUCUAACGAAAAAUUGCAUCCGUACGCUUAUAUUCCUUUUAGUGCCGGCCCUAAGAAUUGUAUCGGAUACAAAUUUGCAAUGUUAGAAAUGAAAGUGCUCAUUAGUUCAAUUCUUCGAAAUUUUAUAUUGGAACCCACGGCGAACAAACGUACGUUACUUAUUAGAUAUAGAAUGACUAUACGAGCUCAUGGUGGUCUUUGGAUCAAAUUCAGACUACGGGAGGCGAUGUAAUAUAAAAUAAUUUUUAUAAAAAAAAAAAACGUACUAACGAUGUAUAAUUAAUAAAUAAUUGCUCGAGCGAAUAUUCGGUACAUCAUAUUACUCACUCAUACAUUACACUCGAUGCAUUUUGUUUAUAAUAUAUGACGUAGAUGUAUUAUCGUACAUAUCCAUAUAAAUAAAAUUUCUUUUUUCCUAGGAAA